CGGUCCAUGUUGGUUCGAUUUAAACGAGUGUCAUCGAGUCGUUUGUUGUGUGCCUGUCUUCUUCCGUUGUUUUUAAAUUAAAGUCAGCGGCACUUUGAAAUGAAACUUUCGAGAUUUUGUUUAAUGCUAUUUGUCGCAUGUUACUUGUCCCUCGGCCACGCCCUGGAGUGCUAUGUUUGUACCAAGCAGGACGGGAACAGGGAAAAGUGUCUAAAGAGUACAAAAACCUGCGAGCAAGGACAAGAUGCUUGCCUCACUGAAAUUAAAUGGGGAAGUACACCGUAUUGGUCGCAAGGUGCGAAGAAGCAGUCCUACGUCUCGAAGAGGUGUGCCUCGAAAAAAGAAUGCGAACGAAUAAAACAAUCGAACAUGCCUGACUGCACAUACAUAUGGUAUCAGGAUUGGCAAUGCUCGGAUUGCUGUCAAGGAGAUAAAUGCAACUAUUACAUAAUCUCUGGUGUCGAACGAUUGCACGCGUCCUGGGUAAUGGUCGCUGCUAUCGGAACCUCCUUAUACGUCACAGCAUUGUUUAGGUGUUAAGAACACUCGAACGAUACGUGUUUUGCGUAUCGUUACGAUAAUUUAGAACUUAAAAAAUGACAACAAGAUGGCCUUGGACCCGACGUAGAGUGUCCUAUUAUACCACGCCGUGGUCGAAGAGCUCGCGAUAUCCGUCCAAUAGAAAUGUUUUAUGCUCUUUAAUUGCAGCCGUUGUAACUGUCCAUAACUACAUGUAAUGCAUCG